AUGGAAGGGAGUUCAUCUCAAGGGACUGGUGAUCGCCUGAAAGCUGCACAGCGACUGUGUUUCUUAAUUGCGUGCAUUAAACGAUGUUUGAGGAGCAUGGACAGGGACGCAAAUGGAUUGAAGUUAUGGCCGGAUCUUGGGUGGAUUGCGAAGAGGGAAGUGAGAGCUUUAAGGUGGUAUGUUAGUCACUUAGUCUGGCCAAAGUGGCGGUUGUGUAGGGCAUGGGUGUCGACGAAAGUGAAGAUUUCGACCACUGUUUGUUGUGUGGAUAACCUAUUUUUGCUUGAAUUUUCGACCAAAUUGAUUGGAGUUAUAGCUGGAUCUUGGGUGGGUUACGAAGAAGGAAGUGUGGACUUCAAGAUGCUAUUUGGUCCCAUGCCCAAGAAGCCAUACGUCUACAAGUCCCCUCCACCACCACCCAAGAAGCCAUACGUCUACAAGUCCCCUCCACCACCACCCAAGAAGCCAUACGUCUACAAGUCCCCUCCACCACCACCCAAGAAGCCAUACGUCUACAAGUCCCCUCCACCACCACCACCUCACAAGAAGCCAUACGUCCACAAGUCCCCUCCACCACCACCCAAGAAGCCAUACGUCUACAAGUCCCCUCCACCACCACCCAAGAAGCCAUACGUCUACAAGUCCCCUCCACCACCACCCAAGAAGCCAUACGUCUACAAGUCCCCUCCACCACCACCCAAGAAGCCAUACGUCUACAAGUCCCCUCCACCACCACCCAAGAAGCCAUACGUCUACAAGUCCCCUCCACCACCACCCAAGAAGCCAUACGUCUACAAGUCCCCUCCACCACCACCCAAGAAGCCAUACGUCUACAAGUCCCCUCCACCACCACCCAAGAAGCCAUACGUCUACAAGUCCCCUCCACCACCACCCAAGAAGCCAUACGUCUACAAGUCCCCUCCACCACCACCCAAGAAGCCAUACGUUUACAAGUCCCCUCCACCACCACCACCUCACAAGAAGCCAUACGUCUACAAGUCUCCCCCACCACCACCUCCAGUCCACUACCCACCACCCCACCAUUACUACUACAGUUCUCCUCCUCCUCCUCCUCAUCACUACUAA